CAUCAGGCCAGACUUUGGCGUUUAUGCCCUUUCAUUUGCUCAUUUGCUCGCUCUUUUAGUUUCCCUUUUUCGGAUGUCAUUUAGACUCGGACAGUCGGACUUUCGGUGAUUCGCAUCCUGGAAGCAUGUGGAGCUUGAAACUGAGGCCAGGGAGGUUGCUCUGUAAUCCCAAUAUCUAGUGCAUGCUCUGUAAUCGAAUCCAUGCUCUUCAUGUACGUGCUAACAGCACACUACCUGCACGCUCCCAUGACUCGGCCCUUGCCGUCGCGAUUCGCCCGUCGCAUGUACCUUGGUUGGACGGUGGCAUCACCUGUUCCGGCCUUGACUUUGCGGUGGAGAUGAAAAACUGGAGCAGGCGUUCGUCGGAAACAUGUGAGUCUUUGAUAUCCGAUAGCGGAGACCGCCGGGCGACGAUCAAGAUGCGCUAUCACCACUAUCACCACUUCCAGCCUGAUGCCAUCUCGGGCGGAAUUGGCCUACCGCACCGCACCACACCAUUUUCCCCUCCCCUCCCCUCCGCAAAAUGCCACCCCACCUCUCCCCUCACUCACAUUCCCCCGCGAUUGCACGCCUGCAGCCAGCCCCAGACGCCUCUUCCCAGAAAGGGACUUGGCGACACCUUCACGCCGCUGAGGGUGUGGUUGCUGUAGCCCUGGUACCGCCCUGCUGUUGGCGGUAGGACCUGCGCCUCGACGGGUUGGGCCAUGGCGCCCUCACUUCUUUGUGUCGUGGUUGGCCUCCGGCUUUGACGAUCCCGGUGACGGGGGUUGGCGUCACGGUGGCACAGAUCAUGGGACGCA